AUGCCAGUGUCGCAACAGUUCGACCUGGAGCGGCGCGAGAUCGAGAAGCAGCAGGCGGCCAUGCUGGAGGACAAGGAGGAGAAGACGCCGGCUACAGCCGCCGAGACCGCUGCCGUGGGCCAGGUUGAUUUAAGCGAGUACAUUCAUCGCGUGGUCAGCUUCCUGGCCAGAAACUUCUACAACCUCAAGUAUGUGGCCUUGGUGCUGGCCUUCUGCAUCAACUUCAUGCUGCUCUUCUACAAGGCCUCCGCUCUGCUGGAGGAUGGUGAUGAUGACCUGGACACGGGCGCUGAUAUUGUCGAGGAUGUUGUGUCGGGAAGUGGCUCAGAUCUCGGUGAUGCGGACCUGUCCUCCGGGGACGGGGCGGAGGCCGGCGGCGAGGAAGACGAGGAGGACGGGCCCGAGUGGAUCCACGUGGACGACAAGUACUUCUUCCUGGAGCACGUCGUCCGCCUCAUGUCCAUCAUCCACAGCACCGUCUCGCUCUUCAUGCUGGUGGCCUACUACCAUCUCAAGGUGCCGCUGGGCAUAUUCAAACGCGAGAAGGAGGUGUGCCGUAAGCUGGAGUUCGACGGCCUCUACCUCGCCUCGCAGCCGGAGGAUGAUGAUCUCAUGGCCCACUGGGACAAGCUGGUCAUAUCCGCCAAAAUGUUCCCGGCGAACUACUGGGACAAAUUCGUGAAGAAGCGUGUCCGCCAAAAGUACAGCGACUCGUACGACUUCGACCAGAUCAGCAAUCUGCUGGGCAUGGAGAAGUCCGUCACGAUGUCGCAGCAGGCCACGGGAAGCGGCUUCUUCCACUUCAUCACCAGCAUCGACUGGCGCUAUCAGCUGUGGAAGAUCGGCGUCACUUUCACUGACAACGCCUUCCUGUACUCGCUCUGGUACUUCAUCUUCUCCAUCUUGGGCAACUACAACUACUUCUUCUUUGCGGCUCACCUGCUGGAUGUGGCGGUGGCUGUGCCAUCGCUCAAGACGAUCUUGCAGUCGGUCACACACAACGGCAAGCAGCUGAUGCUCACCCUGCUGCUGCUCACGAUCGUGGUGUACAUCUACACCGUGAUCGCAUUCAACUUCUUCCGCAAGUUCUACGUGCAGGCGGAGGACGACAACGUCGACCAGAAGUGUCACGACAUGUUCACGUGUUUCGUGUUCCACCUAUACCAAGGCGUGCGUGCCGGUGGUGGUAUCGGUGACGUCAUCGACCCGCCGGACGGCGACCUGAACGAGGUUUACCGCAUCCUCUUCGACAUCUCCUUCUUCUUCUUCGUCAUCGUCAUUCUGCUCGCCAUCAUCCAGGGUUUGAUCAUCGACGCGUUCGGUGAGCUGCGUGACCAGCUGGAGUCGGUGAAGGAGGACAUGGAGUCCAACUGCUUUAUCUGCGGCAUCGGCAAGGACUACUUCGACAACGUGCCGCACGGCUUCGAGACGCACGUGCAGAAGGAACACAACCUGGCCAACUACAUGUUCUUCCUCAUGCACCUGAUCAACAAGGACGAGACCGAGUACACCGGUCAGGAGACGUACGUCUGGACGCUGUACCAGCAGCGCUCCUGGGACUUCUUCCCCGUCGGCGAUUGCUUCCGCAAGCAAUACGAGGACGAGCUGACUGGUGGCGGCGGCGGCAGUUAG